AUGGACGACAAAUCACCAUCGACAGCCGCAGUUCACCAGAACAAGCAAGCAAUAGACCAGAAUGAAAUUGAUCAGAUACAGCAACAUCAUGGUCUUCACAAGAUCAUCCGCGCCGUUGACGAGAAAGACGCAAAGGACCGGUACCGCGAGGAGGCAGCCGACAACACCGUCGGCGAACGAAUACAGCUGGACGACGACGGCACCAAAAGGCCCGGAGGUAACCAGCGGACACCGAGCCUGUCCAACAGCGAGAACGAGACCCUGAUCGUGGCCUGGGAGGAGAAUGACCCGGAGAACCCCUACAACUGGUCCAAGACGCGGAAAAUCACCAUCCUCAUCACAACCAUGACAUCCAUCAUCAACAGCACAAUGGGCAGUGCGCUUCCAAGCAACGCUGUGCCCUACAUGGCGAAGGAGUGGGGCGUGACGUCGUCCACGCAAAUGGUGCUGCCCGUGUCCACGUACCUGGUCGGCUACAUUCUGGGGCCUCUCGUGUGGGCGCCGCUCAGUGAGCAGUACGGCCGCCGCACAUUGGUUCUUGUGACGUUUGUUUUCUUCAUGAUCUGGACCAUGGCCUGCGCCCUGGCACCCAACUGGGCCGGCUUCCUCGUGUUCCGCCUGCUCACCGGCGUCUUUGCCAGCGCCCCCAUCGCCGUUGUCACGGGCAUUCUGGCUGACGUCUUUGGCUCGGCACGCACCCGCGGCCGCGCCAUGUCCAUGUUCAUGGCCAUGACCGUCUUCGGCCCCUUGUUUGCCCCCAUUAUUUCCGGCUACUGCUCGGCCACCAUUGGCUGGCGCUGGACCUUUUGGAUUGCACUCAUCUACGCCGGCGUGUCCCUGGUCCCGCUCGCACUGUUGCCCGAGACGUAUGGGCCGAUUCUGCUAAAGCGCCGUGCCGUGCGCAUGCGCAAAGAGGACCCCAAGGCCAACAUUGUGGCGCCGCACGAGCUUGAGAAGAAAAAUCUGCGCGAACUGGCCACGAUCGUCCUGACGCGCCCUCUGCGCAUGAUCAUCUCGGAGCUCAUUGUGUCAUGUGUCUGCAUCUACCUCGCCCUUUUGUAUGCCAUCUUCUACAUGACCUUUACCGCCUUUCCCCUCGUCUUUGUGGAUAUCUACAAGUUCAGUCCCGGCGUCGAGGGCCUCAUCUUUCUGGCCAUUGGCGCCGGCACCCUCCUGUCAAUACCCAUCUUUUACGCCUACGACAACUACUUGCUGAACGCCAUUGACCGUGGCGAGGCCUGGACCAAGCAAGAGGAGUACCGCCGCCUGCCGCUGGCCUGUCUUGGUGGACCCGUCUUUGUGAUCAGCUUGUUCUGGCUAGGCUGGACAGCCAAGGCCGACAUCUCCUUCGUGGCACCCAUGCUGGCUGGUAUCCCCUUUGGCCUAGGAUUCAUGUUGAUCUUUAUUGCUCUUUUGAAUUACUUGACCGACGCCUACGAAAUCUUUGCGGCAUCUGCCAAUGCUGCCGCCUCGUGCUGCCGGUCCCUUCUUGCCACCGUAUUGCCCCUGGCAGCCACGGCCAUGUUCAAGCGCCUAACGAUUCCCGGUGCUUGCAGUCUUUUGGGCGGCCUGAGCCUGUUGAUGUGUGCGAUCCCUUUUGUGUUCAUCUGGAAGGGUGAGCAGAUUCGGGCUGGCAGCAAGUUUUGCAUUGCCCUGCGCGAGCGCAAGGUUGAGAUGCAGCGGAAAGUCGAGGAGCAGCGACAGCGGCGUCUUCUACAUGCACAACAGCGCCUGGGGCAACCUCUACAACAGCCGAUGAAUCCCGAGCUGCAAAAGGAGACCGUGUAA